AUGACCGUGAGCACUCCGGGACGCAGGACCUCCCUUCAGUACUCCUUUCGUGCUCUAUAGAAGGUUUUUCACCCUUACAGUCAGCUCAUAUACAGCAGCUGGCUACCCAGAAUAAAAGUAUGGAGAACUUCGUGAGCACCCACAGCGCAUUCGGACUGGGAAUCGCGUUCUUCCAUUUGUUAGACAGGCUUUCUGGAUAGAGCUCCGAAAUAGAGCCGCUGCACAGGGAGCGGGCAAACUGGAAAGAAGUCUAGACAGCACGUUUCGGUCCAAUACAAAAUAAAGGAGGAGGCAGCAUCUUAGAGACUUGAGAAGGGGGAGAGGGAAGAAAGGGAACAGAAGAUACACGCAAGCGAGGACAGAGGGCUCUAAGGGCAGAGAAUAAUGCCCAACUUCUAACAUUUCCGAUACAGGACACAUGCAUAAUAGAUACAGCAUCAGUACAACCAUUUCAUUUCAGCCUUCCCAUUAUGAAAUGUAUCUAUGAGCAGGCGUUUGUUUGCCCGAGCCAGUACAGUCCUCCCUGCCAGGACUUUCGUUUAUUCAGGGAAGUGCUCGUUACACCACCAGGUCACUAGGCAUAGUUCUCACUGGCCAUUAGGUGCUAAUGCUGUCGGCGCAGCUUUAACUUGAAACAGCCGCCUACAAAGCAGAAAACGGAACUUCUCUUUACACUGGGAGAAAAUUGGCAUUUGUUAAAUCAGAUGGCAGAAAUCUCAUCUCCGCUGUAAAAUGCUGUUGCUGUGUCAAAUGCUGUUGCUCUGAGGACAUCAGCCAUGUCCUUAGAGCCCUUUUGUCAUGCUCUACUAACGUGUUUUACCUAUGCUUAAGCUCUUCAUCUUCUAUGCUCCCUCCAAAUCUAGAUCACACCUUAAAGAGGUCUAUUCUAAAAGCCAGGAGUUUCAUUAGAAAUGUUUUCCAGUUGAACUCCCCUACGAUGCCGAGAGAAGGUGCUGCUCUCUCGGCCGCUGUUUAACCUUUUCUGUGAUUUCCUGCAGUAUAGCAGUAAGGAAUUAAAACCUGGUACAGAUUAUACUUGUAAGAAAAUAAUGCAUUAAUGUCUUUAUUUUGUACUCCAUACACAUCCAACUAGUCUACACAGAAAGUAAUUCCCAUUGUUCAAAUUUGUUUCUCUAACGUAGUUGCCACAAGGUGGAGGUAUGAAGGUAUGACAACAGUUUGUUAAUAAAGCAAUCUAAUAACGACACUGCCGUACGCUGGAUUUUAUAUUUGCUUUAUUACCACUAGAGGGAGAAGGCAACUCGUCAGACAACGGGGCUACCUAUCACUCAACAGAAAAACAAAAUUCUCCCAACGCAAUUCGCAAUAGAACUGCCUUCAUUAGGGACCUUAAGUCCUCCUUUCCCUAUACCAGGCUCACCUGGAGCAGGGCAAUUGAAUGCUCGGGGCUAAUCUGCAUCGCUACCAAGUCCUUUGAAAAAGCACUGGCGACUGCAAACCUGAAAAAGUUUUACAGAAUGCAUUUAGCCUAGAAUGGACUGUUCAUUGUUGACUCAAGCUUAUAAAGUUAAUAAAACCAAACCAUAUACUGUAUGCAGUGAUUACUGAAUUAAUAAAUUGUUUUAUCUCUGUUCCAUGAUUCCCAUCAAAGGUCUGAAAGACAACUAAGAACAGCAAGCUCAUUAACUGCAAAGGAGCCCAUACGCGCAUACCAAAGUAUUUUAGGUCUCCACAAAGUGGAAAGACUGAAAACUGCUGCUGCAGAGAAAGCAGGGAGCAAGUAGCUGACUAGCUCGUCCAGCUACUUACAACAGGGUGGUAAAUGAACUCUUAAACAAAUGCAAUGUUAAUCAAACUCCUAACGAAACGCCUACAGCAAAUCCAAAGGUCAGAUUAAUUUCCUUCGGCUCACUAAAGACAACAUACGGUUGCUUUAAGAGAUGUGAACUGUAACCUGAAACUGCUGAACACCAAAUUAGGGCAUCUUAUGACAUUUUGCCAGUGGUUACAGACAAAGUUGUACUGCCCAGUUUAUCCCGGUUACGUAACAGACUGGCAGCGCCUCUUCGGCCGGAGCUGGGACGCUGCGGUAACUGUUGGGUAUGCAGUCCUGUUUCUCCCUUCCUUGCCUGUGACCGGACUUUGAAAUCAGCCUUAGAGAAAAGUCUACCAGAUCAAUCCAAGGAGCUGAAUACGCUUCAAGAGGAACACGGCAAGUACACGAAUGCAGCUCGGUCUGAAUUUCAAGGGCUUUGAUAUACAGAAGAACUAGUUUUGCUCAGUACGGAUCCUCUGCCCCACGCAGGAAAUGACAGAGGCCAGCGUCCUCUUCCUCCGUGCCUGCCUCGCACUGCUUGCCAUGCCCAUCUACCUGCUAUCGUUCCUGGGCAUAUGGGAGCCUUUCUGUAGGAAGAUCUUCUUUCCUUAUUUCUUAGAGAAGUUUUCUGCAGUUCACGAGAGGAAAACAAAGAAGCAGAAACAGGAGCUAUUUCGUAAUCUACCUGACUUCACGAGCCCCUCAGGAGAGCUGAAGCUGCUGGAGAUCGGGACCGGCUGCGGUGCUAACUUCCAGUUCUACCCACCAGGCUGCAAAGUCACGUGCACCGACAUAAACCCCAACUUCCAGCGAGGCCUUUCGAGAAGCAUGAACAAGAACCAGCACGUCCACUACGAGCAUUUCCUAGUAGCUGCAGGAGAAGACCUGCACCAGGUGCCCAGCGGUUCUGUGGAUGCCGUCAUCUGCACCUUGGUCCUCUGCUCUGUGCACAGUGUGAACGGCACCCUGAAGGAGGUACUGCGAGUGCUCAGACCAGGAGGCGCUUUCUAUUUCUUAGAGCACGUGGCCGCUGAUCAUUCCAGCUGGAAGUAUUUUUGGCAGCAGAUCUGCUAUCCGACUUGGAAACUCGUCUUUGAUGGAUGCUGCCUAACGAGAGAGAUAUGGAAGAAUCUCGAACAGGCCAGCUUCUCGGAGCUGAAAUUACAACACAUAAGCGUAGCGCUGCCCUGGACGCCCAUUCAGCCUCACAUCAUCGGGUACGCCGUGAAGUAACUCCCACCGCCCUGCUGGGCCUUCUCCCCUGUCGUCGUGUCCCCCCCCCCAAAUUCCUUGACAUAAUCAACGCAAACAACAGGGCAUAGGCUAAUCCAGACGUCCGAAUCUAGGUAACACGGUGAAGGACUUUAAUUAAGUUUCGGAUUCAAGCAUCAAAUGAGAAGAUAGAGUCAGUUUUCUAAACAUCUUUGAAGCCCCUGUGCUGCUGACGGUGCCUCACUGGCCCCCAGCGCAGCCCAUGGAGGAUCCCGGGAGGAGGCUGCAGGAGAGCGCAAAACAGCCCAGCAGGCAGAAAGGAAAGAAAACGCAUUAAGGGAACUCCUGCCUACGUCUGGUUAACUCCGGGAAGGGAUUCCUUCAGGCCUUCCCCGCGCUGGGAAACAGCCGGGCCUCGGUGAGCCGCUGCACGCCGGCGCUGGGCUCGACCCGCUCCCCUCACCCCACGCUCCGUCACGGCUGUUCACGUUCCAGCCUCACAGAACUAAACGGCCAGAUGCAAACCCUUAGCGCCGAACUUCUGCUCAGCCGCGAGUAUUUAUUUACAUAAAGGCUGGUGGGCGGGAUGGGGGAGGGCAGGCACCCACCCUGCCUCCCCACAUAACACCGAAGCCUCUCGGUCAGUUGGCUGCCUGCCCGCCCCUGCGCGGUUAAUCGGUUCUAACACUGUUGUGCCACUGGAGGAUUAAAAUACUCGUGUUUAACGU